UAGGCUAUAUACUGUAUAUGAAGCUGCAAUCCUUUUUCACAACUACAUCAGAAUCUGUCUCAGGAUAAACUAAUUCUAACAAGUACAAGAGGAACAUCUUUAUACUGCGAUGCAUCCCAGUCUGUUAAAAGCCUUUGGGGCUGCAUUUGGGCUGCCCAUGGAAACUGGAACACCACCACCACCACCAAAGAAGGAAUUUGACGACCCAUGGAGGAAAGUAUCUUGGAGUAAACAAAACAGGGAUGAGAUGGUGAGGGUCCUGAGGAACUUUGAACUGAAUGAUCCUGACGUGGGUCAGCUGAGAUGCCUGCUACAUGGACCAGUCGGAGCAGGGAAGUCCAGCUUCAUCAACUCAGUAAACAAUGUCUUCCAAGGACGCAUAACAUCUGGUGCCCUGGUUGCAGCUGCCUCUGGCACAAGCUUCACCAUGACAUACAAAACACACUACAUUAAAAAUGGAAAAUCCCGUCUGCCUUUUGCAUUCAAUGAUGUCAUGGGUCUGGAGGCACAAGAAAAUGGGAUGCAACCUGAAGACAUCAUCAGUGCUCUGAAGGGCCAUCUACCAGAAGGCUAUAAGUUCAAUCCUUGCUGGCCAUUAACUGAGGAAAGUGCAGAAUAUAAUAAGAAGCCUACGUCAAGUCACAAGGUUCACUGUUUGGUGAGUGUUGUGCCAGCAGACAAAAUCUCUCUCAUGACAAGUGAUGUCAUAGCCAAGAUGAGGAAAGUCAGAGAAAAAGCCAGUAAACUGGGAAUCCCUCAGGUUGUUGUCAUGACCAUGCCAGACAAGGCUUGUGAGCUGGUGGACAGGGAUGUGAAGAGAAUCUACUACAGCAAGGCAAUCAAAGAGAAGAUGCAGAUCUGCAGUAAUGAGCUGGGUGUUCCCAUGAACUGCAUCCUACCGGUGAAAAACUACCAUGAGGAGGGGGUGCUGGAUGAUGAUAUGGACAUCCUGAUACUGAACGCCAUGACUCAGAUUAUGCAUUUUGCCAACGACUACCUCUGGGACCUCCAGCAACAUGCAUGAGUGUCACACACCUACAUGAGUGUCAAACGCUAGGAGAUUUGAGAGCCCUGCAGUAUACUCCUAUGUCUAAAUAGACUAGAUUUAAUUUCCCCCUUAGGAAAUAAGACAUAUUUUUUGAAGGCAGGAUGAAGUAAGAUUGGAGUGAAAGUUCUCCUUUCAAUGUAUUCAUAUUGCUUCUUAAAGUACAAUGAGUUAUAUAAAAUCAAUGUCAGUUAUCUAUGCAUCAUGUUUUGCAUUCUAUCAAAGAUACUAGUGUAGUGUAUUAAGAUUAUGACUUUGUUAGGGGUUUUAAGUGGAACCUGAGAGGAUGUUUAUUUAGUGUCAGA